UCCUUAGAUGCGCCACGGCUUCGUUAGCGAGGGUCGCUCCUGCCGAGUCUGAGCCUCGCCAGCCCCUCCCCCAGGAGACCGUUGCAGUUGGCCAGCCCCUGCUCCGCGGUAACCAUGUGCGACCGAAAGGCCGUCAUCAAAAAUGCCGACAUGUCGGAGGAGAUGCAACAGGACUCGGUGGAGUGUGCUACUCAGGCGCUGGAGAAAUACAACAUAGAGAAGGACAUUGCGGCCCAUAUUAAGAAGGAGUUUGACAAGAAGUACAACCCCACCUGGCACUGCAUUGUGGGGAGGAACUUCGGUAGUUAUGUGACACAUGAAACCAAACACUUCAUCUACUUCUACCUGGGCCAAGUGGCCAUUCUGCUGUUCAAAUCUGGUUAAAAGCAUGGACUGUGCCACACACCCAGUGAUCCAUCCAAAAACAAGGACUGCAGCCUAAAUUCCAAAUACCAGAGACUGAAUUCUUCAGCCUUGCCUAAGGGAACAACCUCGAUCUUUGAACCUUUAUUGUGUUGUUUUGUACGGGGCAUUCUCUGUACUAAUUUGUUGUGGUUAUAAAACAACUAGCAAAACAGCUUACAUUUGUAUUUAUUUUCUAUUCCAUACCUUUCUGCCCCAUGUUUUUCCUCCUCAAAAUCCAUUCCUUUCAAAAAAAAUAAAUGUGUUGGAGAAGUGUG